AUGAGAGAACUCAGCGGCGCUGAGGCCAUUGUUGAAACGUUGAUUGCCAAUGGCGUUGACACGAUCUUUGCCCUGCCAGGCGGUCAAUUGGACCAUCUUUUUGAUGCGAUUUAUCAACGUCAGAAUCAGAUUCGGUUGAUUCACUCCCGCCAUGAGCAAGGGGUUGCUUAUAUGGCCUACGGCUACGCCCGGUCGACGGGAAAGGUCGGCGUGUUUGCCGUGGUGCCCGGACCUGGAUUGCUUAACGCGUCAGCUGCGCUUUGCACCGCUUGGGGCAACUAUGCGCCGGUGUUGUGCAUUUCCGGGCAGAUUGCCUCCAGUGGUAUUGGCAAAGGUUAUGGCGAUUUGCAUGAAAUCAACGACCCCAUGGGAAUGAUGUCUCAUAUCAGCAAGUGGACAGCGCAUAUUGAUACGCCACAGGCAGCACCUGGGGCAAUCCACUGUGCGUUUCAGCAACUUUCCUCUGGCGUACCCAGGCCAGUAGUAGUGGAAAUGCCCAUGGAUGUCAUGGGCGACAAGGCAAAGGUGUCUAUUGGUGAACCGCUGCCAAUAAUUGCGCCGCCGGUUCUAUCCGGCGAUGCCCUAAAUAACGCAGCUGAACUGUUGAAGGGUGCUGAAAAGCCAAUGAUUGUUGUGGGCUCUGGCGCCCUGGAAGCGGGCCCCCAGGUGCGCGCAAUCGCUGAGCGUUUGCAGGCGCCAGUGAUGGCGUGUCGAGCCGGCAAAGGGCUGAUGCCCUCGGAAAAUUAUCUGAGCGCCAGUUUUCCCGCAGGCCAUCGUCUUUGGGCGCAGGCCGAUGUGGUCCUGGCGGUGGGAACCCGGCUUCACUGGCCGCUGGUAAUGUGGGGCAAAGAUGAUGGGCUCAAAGUCAUUCGGGUCGAUAUUGACCCCGCUCAGUUAAACCGGAUCUGUGAGCCUGAAAUUGGCCUGGUGGGCGACAGCGCUGAGGUGUUGUCAGCCAUCGAAGACCAGCUCGCAGCCAAUCAACACAGGGUUGCCAGCCGGGAAUCUGAACUCACCGAACUUCGCGCAACCACUGGUGAUGAGAUUCGCAGCAAAGUUGGCCCUCAAAUGGAUUACCUGGACGUGAUUCGCGACGCGUUGCCAGAAGAUGGACUGUUUGUGGAUGAGGUAACCCAAGUAGGUUUUACCUCCUGGUACGGAUUUCCAGUUAACCAACCACGCCAACAUAUUUCUGCUGGAUACAUGGGAACGCUGGGCUACGGUUAUGCAACGGCCUUGGGCGUCAUGGCCGGCAAUAUGGAUCGCAAAGUGAUUCAAAUCAGCGGUGACGGCGGCAUCAUGUUCAACAUUCAGGAACUGGCAACCGCGGUGCAGUAUCAGUUGCCGCUGGUGACCAUCAUAUUUAACGACCAUCGCUAUACCAACGUGCAACGACAGCAAAAAGAGUGGUUUGAUGGCCAUGUGAUUUGCUCUGAUCUACACAACCCAGAUUUUGUCGCAUUGGCAGACAGUUUCCGCCGCCGGUUUUGCGGUUAG